GAGGAAUUUGCUAAUGAAUUUACAUCUGGGAAUGGUAAACCAGCUCACAAGGAUUUCGGACAUUUCUAUGGCUCAAGCUACGUGGCUGCACCAGAUGGGACACGUACUCCGGGACUAUCCAGGACUCGAGAUGGACUUAUAGUGGCAGAAGUGGACCUCAACCUUUGCAGACAGGUCAAGGAUGGCUGGUGUUUUAGGAUGACCCAGAGACUGGACAUGUACGCCAAUUCAUUGACUGAGGCGAUCAAGCCAGACUACCAGCCAGAUGUGGUCAAGGAGAAGUAAAGGUCACCAUCCUUGGUAGUGGCCACAGUCCAAGGGAGAUAAUCAGGAAUCUCAAACAGCACCAGAGGCAACAUUGUAUAUGUACAAGCUUAACACGGACUAUAACUGAAAAUAGUAUACGUAGACGGAGAUUAAUUUGUAUUCCACUUUGUUAAUUAGAAUUUAAGGACUUUUGUUUAAGAAUAGAUAUUUUGUACAAGUGUUUGCUAGGAAAUUGAUUGACUUUUUGUUGAUUCAACGUUUGCAUCCAAUCAUUCGUUAUUAAUCUAUUUUACCAGUUGUAUUUUAGCUACAUUUUGUUUGUGUCAAAUAAGUAUGUUUGAUAAGUUAUUUAAAAGUCAUUUUACUUUGGGAAAAAGUUUUCCUAUGUACAGUAAUGGCAUUAGAUUAUGUUUGGGGCGGUAGAAUAAAUAUAGGUUACCUACAUAUUGGUCUUGCCUUUCAUACCUUGCUGAAAAAUAUAUUUAAUACAGAACUGAAGUUGUUUCUAUUGUGAUAAAAUACUUAAAGCAAAGCUGGUGUAUGACUAGCCUUAAAAUUUCAGUUUUAAAAAAAACAAUAAUUUCAUAUUAAAAUGUCGACUCAUUAAGGAUGUACUCUUCUGAGGUU